AUGCGCCAGAAGACCCAAACUGACUCUGCGACCGUACCUGAAGACCGCGGAGAAGACGACAUUCGCGCUUCAAUUCGCUCGUCGGACUUGGCUGAAAUCGUUUUUCCUCUAUCCGAUACAGUUCAGAAUUUGCUUGGAAUAUCUAGUUUAGCUGCAGUACAAUCGGAUGGCCUUGCGCAGCGACUGCUCGAUGUCAUAGACUCAAGCGAGGUUGUCUGGAAGGGCCCCUUUGCCGGCGAGAAAAUGGCCUUGAGCUGUGGUCAUGAUAUAAUUUUGAAAGCUGUGCGAGACCUGGAUGAUACAACUGAAUACACAACACUAGAAUACCUUCACCAGCACAAGCCAAACACACCCGCACCAAAACCUCUUGGUUUCAUUCGAAUGAACGAUAUCUCGCUCAUGUUCAUAGGCUAA